AUGGAAGCCCGUCCUUCAACCUCCGUACCCUCCUCUAACCCUCCCAGUGUUGAGAUCGCCUACAAGCGCAAAUGCAUCGCGCUCAAGAAACGCCUUAUGGAAAUCGAGGCUGAGAAUGACAUUAUCCGCACCCGCAACCAGCGCGGCUGGCAAUACAUCCAAAAGAUGCGCCUGGAAACUUGCAUGCUGUUGGAACGUCUUGCCAAGAUCACCAGCAUGGGCAACGAGGCCAAUUCCGGUGCCGCGGACCCGGAACUGCGUGCCCGGCUGGCCGCAAUGAUGACCGAGUCAGGUUCAAUGAACGGAGGAGCAGGUAGUGGACAGACUGGAAAGCGAUAUUUCGAUGAUGAGACCGAGGGUAGCUCGGAUGAGCAGCCGCGCACUCCCGAAGAACGUCCCCUCCGAGUCAAGCGCUCCCGCAAAUCUAACCUCCCGGUCGAUGGUGGUGAUGAUGACCAUCCUGCUCAGGACCACGCUCAUGAGUCUGCGGAUCAUGAGGGUGUUGCUUUGCCUCGCCUUGCCCCUGCUCCGAGCCAGCAGGAUCUGACUUCUUCGUUCCGCGUUCAGACGGGUAGCAAUGGUUCUGCCAACGAGGGCGAACAGACACCCCACAGUCAUGAUCACCGCGGCCAGUCAGAGCAUGCACAGGCCGAGGCGGCUGAUUCGGGGACUACCCCUAUGGAUAUGGAUGCGGUCGUGCCUAAGGCUGAGGAGUAA